AUGUCGGAGGUACACUUGGAACAAGCUGCCUGGCCGUGCGAAGCGAAACUGAGCCCGUGUUCGAUUCCCAGGGAAUCGAAACAUCCGAAACGACGGGCCAAGCGAGAAGAAGAAUAUGCUGCUCGAAACGAGCCGUCGAGUCAUUCAUGCGAGGACUACUGUCAACUGUCGCGGCUCAAUUUUUACAAGAGCUUUCGAAAACAUGUUUUGCUUUCAGAUUCCGAAUGCCUCGUUUACAGCCUACAAUGUAUUGGAUGCAAUGUUCAGAGACUCCAGAGGUUUCAUCAUCCAUCGCACAUAUUUACUGGCGACCAAACACCGACGAGAUCAAAUCUAGUAACAAUGAAAGGAAACUCAGAGUUGGUUUUCGCGAAGAACAUCUACUGUGUAGCUGCUAUAGUCGUACUGGCGUCAUCACUGGUUGGCAGCGCAUCAGGUACAACUCACAAAAUUUCAGGUUCUUGCUUGAGCUACGGGCAUUCGUGCUGGGGUGCUCACGGCAAGCGAAGCGGCGGCAACGUCAUCGGAGCCUUGCGUCCCGCCGACGGCAGCGUCGGCGUGCAGAGCAGGCGCCAGUCGCCGCUGGACGAGCGAUGGCUGCUCUCGCGACUCGUCGACCGCCAGCUGAUGCAGGUGCCGCUCGCGACCAAGCUGCGCGCCGCACGGAUUCUCAACGAGGACAGCAUUAAGGUGGACAAAAUUGACAGAAACGCCGAGCUCAAGGAUUUGGCGAGAAGCGAUCAAAUGCUAGCAGAUGACGAACCUGAUAAUCCAUUGAUACCGGAUCAAAGAGAUUUGUCCAAAAAUGAUAACGAUCGCGCAAUAAAGGCUGGAUUCUACAAAAUUUUGAGAAACAUCGACUAAAAGCAAAAGUAAACAACCUCAUUCGUUUCUCUAUUUUCUUCACUGAAUUAAUCUACGCUUUCUCAAAACUGGAUCUGCGUCAUUGAGUACAACCAUUUUUCCUCGAUUCUUGAUUGCGUUUUAGUAUUCAACUCUUGAGAUUACAGAUCAAUCACGUACAAAUUUGGAUAAUCACGAAGUCCUAAGUGCUUUACGAGCUGAUUUUUCAUGCAAUAUUUUUCAAUUGAGUAAUACUUUUGUGUAAAGUUAAUUUACAUUUGAAUUUUUUUCAAAUUAAUUGUAACCGAUGAGCAUAAAAUCAAAGUUUGAAAUGGAAAAUCCUAUACACUAGCAUUCUUCAUUUCUAACGAUAUACCUAAAUCUUGCUUCCACAGCAACGUAGUUCCAAGUGCGCCUCACUUUAUCUGUAUAGUUUUGAAGAAGUAGACAAGUAUUUGCUAUUUGAGACUGGUAUUUUAAACAUAAAGUGACAUUACGUACGUUGAAUUUAAAAAUUUUAAGAAAGGGUAACUGUUAUAUAAUAUAUAUUUCAGCUGUGCCAGUGUCUUUUAGCAGGCUAAUAACAAAACGAGGAAAAAAGGAAUGCAUAAGACUCAAUGAAUAUAAUACACACACACACAAACACACACACACUAAACUUCAAAGAAAAUGUAACAAACUGCAAAUCGUCACUUUCAAGCACAUCGAUAGAAGUGAUUAUAUAUUUUUUUAAUUGAUGAGUUUUAACUGAUUAAUUUUCAAGGUAUUCAUUUUAUUAUGAUUUCGAAAAUUUGUGUUUUGACUGUAAACGAAUUCUGAUUUCUCUCUAUGCGCCCUAAUUCAAUGAAAAUAAUUGUUAGUUAAAUAUCUUACGUUUUGGAAAAGUUAGUUAUAGUUAUCGAAAACUAAUGUAUUCGAAAUAUGUAACUACUGAUUAUUUAUUACUUAGCUGACGUAAUUACUCUAUUACUGUUAACUAAAAGAUUAUUUAUUAUGAUACAUCUGCUAUUAAUUACGGUUAAACUUUAUUUUCGUAGUUGCU